GUAGAGAACAAACAAGUACAGGAAUAAAUCAAAAGAAAAUCUGGCUUAAGAGGUAUCAAAAUGAAACGUCCAACAUCCAAACAAUCAAAAGGAAAGAGUCCAAAGGAAACAAAGGUAACAUCAAAAGAAAACAACAAGAGCGUACGACUCACACAGGUGAAAAGCGGUUCAAAUGCGACAUGCACGACGGGCUUCGUUAAGUCAUCGGCUCUGCAUAGACAUGUGAUGAUUCAUACCGGUAUUAACCCAUUCUCUUGUCUGAAAUGCAAGAAGAGUUUCAACCAGAGAGGGAACCUGCGUACACAUAUGAAGAUUUACGCUGGUGAGAGGCCGUUCUCUUGUUCGAGAUGUGGGAAGAAGUUUACCGAUCAAUCGGGUCGGGUUAGAUAUAUGAUGACUCAUACUGGUGAAAAACCGCACGCUUGUUCGGGAUGCAAUAGAAGUUUCACCCAUUUAGGAAAUCUGCGUAGACAAAUGAGGAUUCAUGACAAUGAUAGGCCCAGAUUCAACUGCACGUAUGCGGUAAAAUUUUCCUGUCGUAAUGCAAUUUGA